CCGCUGCUCGCUCUCUUACUUGGCUAGAGCUCAGUUUGUGUAAUUACGCCGUGCGCGUCGGAGCUCGUUGACACGAGGCCGACACUUACGACUGUCGUACUUUAAUAUCUUUAUAAUAUCAGGUGCGAUCCAUGCACGCUUCUUAUCUAGUCCGAAGAUAGUGCAAAUUACUGCGUCGUUCCGAGGAAACGUGUUGUGUUUUUUUUUGUGAUUGUGAAGCGCCCGCGAGCGUAGUUUCAACGUGGCCAUGGGAUUGUGUUCUUGCAUGAAGGGCCCUUUACGAUCCUGACACAGAAAGAAGUAGCAGCUCGACGGCUAAAAGAGCCGCUGACCGCAUACACUGCGAGCCAGAAAUAUCUACGCCUGAAUUAUAACGUCUCCAAGUGCAUUGUACUGUGAUUACUGUGAACUUUGUGUUAAAAACAAGUGCAAUAUACUGAUAGUGCAAUCGUACUCUUGACUUUUGUUAUCGUUAAAAGUGAAAUUACCGUGGAACUAUGGAGCGAGAGUCGAAUCCCAUGGAGGCUCUGUGCCGUUCAGGCUGCGGGUUUUACGGAAAUCCCUCUACAGACGGACUAUGUUCAGUUUGCUUUAAGGAAGCGUUAAAAAAGAAGCAGCAGCCGCCAGCGACGACGCCGUCAGCAGUGUCGACGUCGUUCGUGGCCGCGCCCACGCCGCUCGCGGCCGCCGCGCCUACCGUGCCCGCUCUGCCCGCGCAGCCGCAGCAACACACAGACAAAUUGGAAGAAGACAGCGGGGCCGGCACGAGCGGCGCCAGCACCGGCGCCUCGGACACCGACGCCGACGACAAGGAUCCCAGCAAGGAUAAAAAGAAAAAGAACAGAUGCGCCGUUUGCCGCAAGAAGGUUGGCCUCACAGGGUUCGAGUGCCGCUGCGGGGGGCUGUUCUGCGCCGUGCACCGGUACAGCGACAAGCACGAGUGCUCGUUCGACUACCGGGAGCUGGGCGCGCAGGAGAUCCGCCGCAACAACCCCGUCGUGGUGUCGCAGAAGAUACACAAGAUAUGAGCCGCCCGCCCCGCCCGCCUCCGCCGCCGAUCGACCGACACUUUACUUUAUCAUUUCUACAAUUUAUUUUUGAAACGGGAAAUAUGUAAACGUGUCGCGGUCGUCGAGCGCCGGCGGCCCCUCACAUACUUCGAUUUACUCUGUACGAACUCCGGAUCGAGCCUGCGAGUCGCCGGCGGCGCCGACUGCCGCGGGCGGAGGCGGGGGCUCGAUCCGUUUUAUGUUUAGAUUAAUUUGUGGUGAGAACUUUGCUUUUAAAGGAGAUUGGGCAAUUGUAGCUCCGCGUGGCGCCGGUAGAUGAACGCGAAGGAUGCGGUUCCCGAAGCGGUGGCGAGUAGAGGCUAGUUUUAUUUUGAACGUUCCAUAGUUAGGGCAUCUUGUAUAAAUACUAGUUUUAACUGAAUCUUUUAAAUCUUAUUUACAAAAAAAAAACUUUUCUUAAAUAAUGUUUAUAAUAUCAUAUAAUAAAUAAAAUUGAUUUUCACCUAACGAGUUUAAUGUCUUAUUCUUAUCAACACUACUUUCAUACAUCUAAGAAGUUCAUUCGACAUCAUGAGCGUCACCUGCGGCGUCGACGGGACAGGACUCGAUGCAAUUUGCUCAAUCUCGUUUUAUUAAAUUUGUAGAUAAUGUUCGUUUUUUGGGUAGGAAUUUCAUGAUUAAUUUUUGAUAUAAUAAGUAGAGUUCUGAAUAUGUCCAUUCACCUCCAUUGUAAAUAUUAGAUAUAAUUAAUUAUAGAAACAAAUCCUAUAUAUUGUAAAAAAGUAAAACUCCAAAAAAAGCUACAUUGUUACGAUUCCAACGGAGAGCGUAGCGCGCUUCACAAUAUCGAGAUAACAAUCGUAAGCUGACGCUCAACGAGUGGGAGUGGCUCGUCCCUCCGUGUUAUAUUUGCCUAGUUGUAAAUUGUACAGAUGUUACGCUGCUCACUUGACUCGUGCGGCGCUCGCGCACACUCUGGACAUACGAGUACAUCCUCUUCAAAUUGUUAGUACUUUCGUUUCGGUUUGGGAAAUCGUCGCUUUUCUGUCUAACAUUCGGCGUAAGUGACCUAGAGUUAGCGAGACUGGUGUGUGUCGGCACGCGACGGGCCCUGCGGCGCGGCGCGACUGACGCGCGCGAGUCGCGUCGCGUCGUGUCGCGUCGCGUCGCAGCGACCGUCCGUUCCGCUCUUUGUGUGAAAAUUUAAAGUAAGCGAUAGUUAUACAUUUAUAAGUAGUGGACACUUUAUAUUAUUACACAUUAUAUAAGUAGGAAAGAAUUAUUUAGCUUUUUCUUUUAAUCACAAUAUUAUUCAAAAUUGUAAGUUGUAUUAUGUAACUCGUUCAUUUUAGUGGUGAUUUUAAAAAGAUAAUACUGUACUGCUACGGUCGUCGUCCACGGUAGACUAACUGAUUGGUUGGACUUAAUUAUUUAAUGACUUUUGUUGUAUAUUUUGUUAGGUCAUUGAUUAAUUUUUGUCUUUUUGCUUGAACAUAAUCAGAUAAAGAUGAUGUUAAUAAUGAAUGAUUUUUUCUUCUAUCUUGCUGUUUUAAUUUAGUUAUUCUUCUAUUAAAGUCAUUAAAUUUCCAGGAACAUAA